AUGCGUUUACUAUGGCAUCUUACUACAAUUUUUGUAUGGCUACCAUGGACGGUUUCCGCUGCUGGUGCCAUGGUGAUGUUGGUAACCGCUCGAUCUGAGGUUCCUUAUGUCCUUUCAACCAUCCAUAGUUAUCAGGAACGUUUCAAUGAAAAGUACAACAACGACUGGGUUAUAAUCAGCUACAGAAGUGUAAUUCGGAAUCACAGAGAAACAAUUAGGGAAAUCGUGCGAGGUUCCACGGUAAUGUUUGUGGAUCUCAAGUAUUUGGGUGAUUUUCUCAAGUAUCCAGAGGGAACAGAUACGACGAAAGUGCGUAAGCUUCGGAAUAGUACACCACUUAAAAGCCCAUGGCGACGAUUAUACAAUUCUGUCUACUCCCGUCACUUUACAAGGUUUUCUGCUGGCCACUUCUUUAACCUAGAUAACAUUUGGCUGUCGUACGAGUAUUAUUGGCGGGUUCCUGUUGGCUCCAAAUUAGGAUGCGACGUCAAUUACGAUGUCUUUCAGUAUAUGGAAGACAACAACAUCAAAUACGGUUUUCUGUUGAUUCAGAAGGACAACAUGGCUAUGCAUCCUUCGUUUUUGCACGAAGUCCAGAAAUACGUGGAGAAUCCAGACAAUGAAAUGCAACCAUCUCCAAGUAAGAACAACUUUAACUUUCUCAUUGAAUCCGGCGAAGUCACCGAAAACAACGAAUGGAUUUAUAAAUCAUGCAAUUUCGAUGCCGAGUCGGAGAUUGUUAGUGUUGAUUUCUUUCAAUCUCCACAGUACAAGCAUUUUUUCAACCACAUUGAUCUGCUCAAGGGUAUGUAUUAUGAGACAUGGCGAGAAGCUGCUAUCAAAACAGCAGCAGUUUCGCUCUUCUUACCAAGUGAACAAGUCAGAUUUAUGGAUCUCCCCAUAAUAUCGCCCAUGUAUGGCGUUUUCAAUUGCCCAUCUUCCCCAGACACUUAUAUCGCCAAUAGGUGCACUUGUGAUGCUAAUAUCCACCAAAAAGCCUACAAAUUUGGGCCCCUGCAAAUGAAAGCAGUACAGAUGCUGCAGAGUGAAUGUCUACUGCAUUGGACCUCCCUACACUCAAAUAACUAG